AUGCACCUCGGCGAGACGUAACAUGGCGCCCGGGGCCUGAAUGAGCAAAACAAAAACACAAGCGGAGAAAUGGGCCGCGUUUAAUUAGCCAUUAAAGGGAAGUUUUACCAAAAGUAGAGAGAAAAAAACCGUAGAAUAAGCUCGUCAUGCGUGCAUGGGGUGUGUGCUGCUAAUUUAUUUGGGAUUUCUGAAUUUUUGGUUCGGACGCGAUCGUCCUGCAGAGCCUCUGGGCGGUUUUAUUUUAAUUUUCUUUUUAAUUUUUUUUUUUUUUUUUUAGUUUUACACAAACACACACACACACACACACCCGCUUGCAGUGUGAGCACUAUGGACGAGACCAAAAGCCCGCUGAAGUCAGGCAAGCCGUCUCGCCCGAGCGGGAGCAAGGCCUCAUCCAGAGCGCAGAAAGAGCGCGAGAACGCCAAGACGCCGAAUCGCAACAAAAACAGCGCAGCGUCCAGGGUGAAGGAGGAGGGCCAGGGUGGGCACGCCGGGGGCAGAGGGCCGGCGGGAAGCCCUCAGGAGGCGGGCAGAAGCAAAGCGCGCAGGCUGACGGGGAGAACGGGCUCGGGGGAGAGAGGCAAGGCCAGGUGUCAGACUCAGCAGGGGGUCAGGAGCGGAAACCUCACUCCACUCAGCACCAAGGAGGAGAACACGGCUCCGAGUAAAACCCCCAGAGCUGCAGGGAAGGACAGACACACGGGCGAGGUGUCGGCGAGACGGGCGGCGGAGAGCGCUCCUGACGCCGCGGACGAGACGAACCUGACCUCAGAUCAGCAGCUGGGACUGAAACAGGCCGAGGAGAGACUGCAGAGAGACUACAUCCACAGACUGACCAAGCAGUCCCCCGAUUACCCAAAUUUCCAGUAUCUAUGCAAACUCUGCUCGGUUCACGUGGACAACAUCCAGGGUGCUCACAAACACAUCAAAGAGAAACGGCACAAGAAGAACAUCAUGGAGAAGCAGGAGGAGAACGAGCUGCGUUCGUUACCCCCUCCGUCUCCGGCUCACCUGCGAGCGCUGAACUCGGCCGUGAUGGAGGCGGCGCAGGAACACGGCAUCUCGGAGCAGGAGUUCCAGCAGAGACAAGCCGUGCUGCAGAGCAUGGAGCUGAUCAUCCAGAGACAUUUACCUGCGUGUUCUCUGCGUCUCUACGGUUCCUGUCUCACGCGGUUCGCCUUCAAGUCCAGCGACAUCAACGUCGACGUGCUCUAUCCCUCCGGUAUGACGCAGCCUGAUGUUCUCAUCCAAGUGCUGGACAUCCUGAAGAAGAGCGAUGAAUUCUCAGACGUGGAGUCGGACUUCCAUGCUAAAGUUCCCGUCAUCUUCUGCCGUGAUGUGUCCCGUGGUUUACUGUGUAAAGUGAGCGCAGGAAAUGAUGUCGCGUGCCUCACCACCAAUCACCUGGCAGCGUUGGCCAAGCUGGAGCCUCGUCUGGUUCCUCUGGUGCUGGCAUUCCGCUACUGGGCCAAGCUGUGUCAUGUGGACUGCCAGGCCGAGGGCGGGAUUCCUUCCUACUCCUUCUCUCUGAUGGUCAUCUUUUUCCUGCAGCAAAGGAAGCAGCCCAUUCUACCUGUGUAUCUCGGCUACUGGAUCGAAGGGUUCGACGUGAAGCGUGUGGACGAGUAUCACCUGACCGCCAUUCAGUCGGGACACUUUGUGGGGUGGGAGCACAGAGCGGGCAGCGCUAACGAGGGGCGCGGAGACAACAAGACCAAAAACGAACCCCAAAAACCCAACGGCCAAAAAUCGCCUGAGAAGAGGAACGAGAACCAGAAGGGCAGGACUCAUCUGGUGCUGGAGAACACGGAGAGCGUCUGUCUCGGCCAGCUGUGGUUGGAGCUGCUGCGUUUCUACACUCUGGAGUUCGCUCUGGAGGAUUACAUCAUCAGCAUUCGGCUGAAGGAGCUCCUGCCCCGAGACGUGAAGAACUGGCCACGCCGCCGCCUCGCCAUCGAGGACCCGUUCGCCCUGAAGAGGAACGUAGCGCGGAGUCUGAACAGUCAGAUGGUGUUCGAGUACAUCCAGGAGCGAUUCCGCACCGCGUACCGAUACUUCGCCUGUCCUCAGAGCCGAAACGGACACGCCCCCGAGCGAGACGUGCCGCGGGCGCCUACGAGCCGGCCGACCGGAUCACGCGCCAUCGAAACUAAGAGAGGAGAAGAAGAGGACGGUGCGAACAGCACCGACGACGAUGAGGAUGAAGACGAGGACGACGAUGAUGAAGACGAAGCUGGAGAUGAAGAGCGGCGCGUGAGCAGAGGUUUAGCCAGACUGCUUGUCGAGGAAGAGGACGAGGACGGCGUCCGUCACUCCUCUUCCCCGACCCCGUCCCCUCACAACGGCCUGUUCCCAGACAGCGACGAAGAGGAGCGGGACGAAGGGGGACGGAAAGGUCCGGAACAGGGCAGCAUCGCGCCGGAGGAUCUGCACUAUACCUUCGACAGGAUGAUCUUCACUGGAGGAAAGCCCCCGACGGUGGUGUGCAGUAUCUGUAAGCGAGACGGCCAUCUGAAAGACGACUGUCCUGAAGACUUUAAGAAGAUGGAGCUGACGCCGCUGCCUCCCAUGACGGAGCGCUUCAGAGAAAUCCUCGACAACCUGUGCAAACGCUGCUACGAUGAGCUGUCGCCGUCUGUGGGAGAGCAGCAGAGGAGGGAACUGAUUCUAGCCAGUCUGGAGCGCUUCAUUAGGAAGGAGUAUAAUGAUAAAGCCCAGCUGUGUCUGUUUGGUUCCUCUAAGAACGGGUUCGGUUUCCGUGACAGCGACCUGGACAUCUGUAUGACGCUGGAGGGACACGACACAGCAGAGAAACUGAACUGUAAAGAGAUCAUCGAGGGAUUAGCCAAGGUGCUGAAGAAACACGCAGGUCUGAGGAAUAUCUUGCCUAUAACGACCGCCAAAGUGCCUAUCGUUAAGUUUGAACACAAGCAGAGCAGUCUGGAAGGAGACAUCAGCCUUUACAACACACUGGCUCAACACAACACACGUAUGUUGGCCACGUACGCAGCCCUGGACCCACGUGUUCAGUAUUUGGGCUAUACCAUGAAAGUGUUUGCAAAGAGGUGCGACAUCGGUGAUGCGUCGAGGGGAAGUCUCUCGUCUUACGCCUACAUCCUCAUGGUGCUGUACUUCCUGCAGCAGAGACAGCCUCCUGUCAUCCCCGUCCUGCAGGAGAUCUACGACGGGAGCUCCGUUCCUCAGAGAAUGGUGGACGGCUGGAACGCCUUCUUCUUCGACAACGUGGACGAGCUGCGGCGGCGUUGGCCCGAGUUCCAGCAGAACCGUGAGACGGUAGGGGAGCUGUGGCUCGGCCUGCUGCGCUUCUACACCGAGGAGUUCGACUUUAAAGAGCACGUGAUCUCCAUCCGGCAGCGUAAACGCCUCACCACCUUCGAGAAACAGUGGACCUCCAAGUGCAUCGCCAUCGAAGAUCCCUUUGACUUGAAUCACAAUCUUGGUGCCGGAGUCUCACGGAAAAUGACGAAUUUCAUCAUGAAGGCAUUCAUUAAUGGCAGGAAAUUGUUCGGAACGCCGUUUUAUCCAAAGCUGGGGAUGGAAGCGGAUUACUUCUUCGACUCGAAGGUGCUGACGGACGGAGAGCUCGCACCGAAUGACCGCUGCUGUCGGAUCUGUGGCAAAAUCGGACAUUACAUGAAGGACUGCCCAAAGAGGCGCAGAAUGAAGAAGAAGGAGAGCGAUAAGGAUGAGGAGGUGCGUGAGGAGGACAGAGAGCCGAGAGAGAGACGCUGUUUCCAGUGUGGAUACGUAGGACACGUCCGGAGAGAAUGUCCUGAUUACAGACACCUCCGACAGAGAGGAGCUCCUACACAGGUUCCUCAGAUGGUCCGUGCCAUGGUGAGCUCGCAGGCCAUCCCCAUUCCUCAGAGUGGUACGUCCCAGGAUCGACCCGGCCGGACCAGGCAGCCAUCGGAAUGCUCGGACACGCGUCAGACUCCUCCGUACUCCCCGCAGACGUCUACGUUCAUCCAGCCCUCCGUCUCUCCUCAGUCGUCUCAGAGCGGCAAGCCUUCCCCGGGCUCCUCGUCCUCCUCCGCUCCGUCCAAAUCCUCCCAUCAUCCCUCUCUCCCUCCUCCCGCCCCUCCUCCUCAGCAGCAGCAGGUUCAUCUGUCUCUCUUUGGUUUCAAUCCCUCUCAGUACAUGGGCAUGCUCUCACCGGGGACCUGGCCCUCCCAUCCGCCCUCCCCGGGGGUAAAGUACCCUAUGAGGAAGGGACAGGGGAACGGAGGGGCGGGGCACAUGCCGAACCCCACCUCCGUUAACCUCAACGACCCCAGUAUCAUCUUUGCCCAGCCGGCGGGGCAGGACGGAGGGCCACACUGGCACAAUCACCAUCUGAACAACCCCGGGGCAAUGGUGGCCAACGGCACGGUGGGGAAGUCAGAAGCAGGUUUCCAGGCUCCGUUUGGUUCUGUAGGUCAGGUCUCUCGCUCGCUGGGCCACAGCGGUGCUGGUUCGAUAUCCGUCACGUCCUCCUGGGGUUUCAGCAUGCCGCAGACGUACGUGCAGCAGUCCAACAAGCCCUUCAUCUCCCAGGGUGCAGUGGCGAAUCAGCACUUCCCCUUGCUGCAGUCCGGCCGUCCCGUCAACCUCAGCUACAUCCAGCAGAAGAAAUAACGAGCGUAGACUCUUUUCAUUUCAAACCAACGCCUGAGGUCCUUAUCGAACGACAAUGAAGAGGAAAAAAAAAAGAAUUAAGAAAGUCUAACUUGGCAUUUGGUCACAAGACUUUUUAAAAUGAAUUUUAUCAUUUUUUGUACAGUUUUUACAUUAAUUUUUUUGUCUCAUCACAUUGAUUUGUGAUAAGAAAUGUCAAAUAUUUUAAUACCCCUAUUUUUAAAGGGGUCCCAAAAAAAAAAAAAGAA